UGAAAGAGCUGCUCAGAGCCAGGAGAGAGGACCGUAAGGUCAGCAGAGGACUUGGAGGAGGCAAGGAGCCUGGCUCUGUCUGUUUCUAAAAGCCGGGAUGGGACAGCAGUUGAGCUGGGAGGAGGCGGAGGCGGCCGGGGAGAUGGAUGUGGCAGAGCUGCAGGAGUGGUACAAGAAGUUUGUCGUGGAGUGUCCCAGUGGGACGCUCUUCAUGCACGAGUUCAAGCGCUUCUUCAAGGUCACGGGCAAUGAAGAGGCCACCCAGUAUGUGGAGGGCAUGUUCCGAGCCUUCGACAAGAAUGGGGACAACACCAUUGACUUCCUGGAAUAUGUGGCUGCCCUGAACCUCGUGCUGAGGGGUACCCUGGAACACAAGCUUAAGUGGACCUUCAAGAUCUAUGACAAGGACCGCAAUGGCUGCAUCGACCGCCUGGAGCUUCUGGACAUUGUGGAGGCAAUUUACAAGCUGAAGAAAGCCUGCCGAGUGGAGCUGGACCUGGAGCAGCAGGGUCAGCUGCUCACGCCUGAGGAGGUGGUGGACAGGAUCUUCCUCCUGGUGGACGAGAAUGGAGAUGGCCAGCUGUCUCUGACCGAGUUCAUUGAAGGCGCCCGUCGAGAUAAAUGGGUAAUGAAGAUGCUCCAGAUGGAUGUCAACCCGGGCGGCUGGAUCACUCAGCAGAGGCGGAGAAGCGCCAUGUUCUGAGAGCCCAGGGCCCUGCAGGGGCCCACACUCCCCUCCAAGACUCUUCCAGGGUCCCCCAGGUUUACAGUGUAGCAGAGGUCCCCUGGCCUUGUUGGCUGAAGCUUGUUCCCAGUUGGUGUGGACUUCCUGACAGUUCCAGUGUGGGAGAGCAAGGAGCCAAGCAACGACUGCUGGGUCUGAAGUGGGGUUCAGUCCAUUCUCCAGGAUUUACUAGCAUUGUAGGUGUCCGACAUCACUCUGCUCCACAGCUGCUCCUGGAAGAACUGGGCUUUACCUGGGAGAUGCGGGGCUCCUACUAAUCUUUAGGUGUUCUCAGAGGAAAUGGGGCCGGUGAGGGGUGGGGGUGGAGCAAAGGCCAGUAGUAUGCAGUCUGGAAAGAAAGCAAGGAUGGGAAGGAUCAUAAUGACCCAGCCCCACCAACCUGAGCACCGGCUGGGGAGGACUCUCCCCAGCUCCUCCCCAGGCUGUCCUCACCAAGGAUGACAAAGGGGAAGGCCACCUCCGCGACCCUCCCGCCCUCUGAGACCUGGCAGGCUUACAGGGGAUGUUCCUGCCCUGCUCGGGGCUGCUCCUCAGUUUCUUCUCUUCAUCCCCUCUCUAGUGUGAACCUGCUACUAUUUCCAGCCAUACACACAUGCCUCUUCUCUUUGUCUCUGGGGGAACCUGUGCAUUUGCGUUCCAGGCCAGACUUCGCCUCCCACAGCUGUUGGACUCUCUAACCUGCAGGUCGACUAUAGAAAGCUCCCAGGUUAUCAUGUGAACGUCCCUCAUGCACCCAAUACAGAAGCUAGGCUCCCAGGGAACCUCUCUGCCUUUCUUUGCCUCUUUCCGUCUGUGCAGCUGGGGAAGGCACCUCAGAGGACAGGAAGUAGGACCAGUGGUCACACUUAGCAAUUCUCUCUGGAGCCUGAUGGAUUAUUGGUGUUACUUUGAAUAGAUAUAGAUUUCAUGUUAAAAUACAGUAAACUAA